AUGGAUCCUCCCAAUACUCCCAAAUACGACCCUGGAAAGCCGGGCAAUCUCAAAGCUUUUGCGGCGCGCUAUCACGAGGCGCGUCAGCAUCAUGCAAGCGAUGAGCUCUUGAUUAGGGAACUCAUCCAGUAUAAUGACAGUGUCGAGACGUAUUUCCACCAGGAACUCAACACUUUGGAGAAGAAAGCUAGUGAUCUGCAGCUGGACCUCAAUAGCUCGGAGAGGACUCGAAGAGAUCUCAAGCAAAGACUGGAUGAGAUGGAAACCAAAUUAGGUUAUGUUCCGGAUCGCAACCUUUACAUCGUUGUCCUUAUUGAUGGGGAUGGACUAAUUUUCAAGGACAACUUCGUUAAGAAGGGUAUUGAAGGCGGAAAGAUGGCAGCCAAUGAGUUACUCAAAGCCAUAAAUGAAAAGUUCAACUCUGCUGAAACCACUUCGGUCACAGUUAUUGUUAAUAUCUUUGCCAACGUCACCGGCCUGGGUAAAGCCAUGAAGCGUGACGGCUGUGUUGCUGACCACAAUGCUUUGCACAAUUUUGUGAUGGGCUUCAACCAGGCCAACGUAUCUUCCACCUUUGUGGAUGUCGGGUUUGGUAAGGAGUUAGCUGAUGCGAAGAUCCUAGAUUCUCUUAGGUUCCACUUGAAAAACUUCAACUGCAAGAAAGCAGUCCUGGGUAUUUCCCACGACGCCGGAUACGCUCCGUUCUUAGCGAAUAUGGUUACCGACGAUACUAAGGAACGUAUGGCCCUCCUCGAGGGAACAAAGACUGUUGUGGAACUUGUUUCUCUGGGUCUCCAAAUUAUAAAUGUCCCAAGGCUUUUCCGCCAUGAGAAGUUAUCAACAAAGCCGCAAGAACCAUCUCGGCAAACCUCACCAGCACACUCCCCUAAUCCCUCCCAGUCGAAGCUGGCCCAGCUGCCUAAGGUGUCCAAUGCCGCCUCGUGGGCAGCCGUCGCUCGCACACUGCCAAGCCCACCCCCUCAGGUCAGCCUGCCGAUUCCUCCCAGGGCAACGGCCACUCCAACACGAGCGAGUCGGCCACCUCCAGUGCCGUGGAACCCUGGACCUCGGGGACUGGACCCGCCUAUCCGAGUCGACCCAGUCGUCUUAGAGCGUCUUAGAAGGAGAAAGGACUGUUACAGGCUGUGUAACAACCACUUCCUUCGAGGUCCUUGCACUAGGGGCAAAGAAUGCAAUUUCACGCAUGACUAUUCCCCCACAGAUGAGGAAAAGAAAGCGAUCGCCAUCUUCGCCCGCUCGAACCGCUGCAUUUCAGGACAGGAAUGCAGAAACCCCGACUGCAUCUACGGUCACCAUUGUCCUUGCAUUACCAAUGGCGUAUGCCUCCAUCCGCACUGCAAGUUCCGUCUGGAUGAGCACCCUCCCGGAACUACGUUCAGAGGCCCCAGACCGAAGAAUGAUAAUGAGAGCUACAGUGAGAGCUAUAGUUACGACGACGAUGAUAAAGAGGAUGACUAGUAAUCUUACGGCCCGAGGCCUUUCCUCUCCGUCUGUCCUCUUCUGAUGAGAAGUUUUUUCGUUUAUGCGCUGAUACCCCCAAAACUAAUGUUAUGAUAAAAGAAAUAAAAGAAGAAAAAAAGGAAGAACUCUGCCAGUUCGAUUUCAGAAGUCAGAAGGAUUGAAAAGGGUUAGAAAAAGGACUACAUGAAAAGAAGGUGUUCCUAAACACUUUAAUCGGUGUAGUUGAUUUCUCAAGGAGAACGGAUUUCACCACAAGACCACUCCUGGAAGACGAACCCCGUAUGUACAAAUGCGUCGGUAGUAUUUGGCAAUGCCAUUUCUUGCGAUAGUGGCCUUGGUUACGAGUUUAAUUUACGACGCAGAGGCAUGGUAGCACACACUAUUUGGGAUAGUGUUGGCCCGUGGAUGCUGCCAAUUUGGAUGUCAUGGCCAAGCAUGAAUCCAUAGUUGUUAGGAAUAUGUAAACUUUGUCAGAUACGAACCACAAAUAAAAUUUGCUAAUGGCCGCGGCUAUUUGAGUUGCUCUAUGGGUGUGUAAUUUUGUCA